CUAGCUCCCUUCCGUCGGGAUCAGGCUCAGUUUUCUCUCUCUUCCAGCUCGCCGGCGGGAGACCGACCUCGAUUCGCGGUGUUUCGCCGCAACGCUGGAGGUGCCAUCCUUUAGGAAUAUCUGCAAAUGGCAAGUUAUCUUCAUGAUAGUCUGUUGGAAAUUUUCUUUUGAUUGGGAUGAAUUCCUGAUGCAUAAAAUACAAUGGAUACAAGAGAUGGUGUGCAAAGUGGUGCUGGGGAAAAUUUGGUCAGUAGCACAGAUGAAGUGCAGAACAGAGGUGGUGACUUUACUACCACUGAAACGACUGUGAUAGGGAAUGAAGGUGAUAUCGAUUUUGAACCACGCAAUGGUAUAGAGUUUGACUCGCUUGAAGCAGCUUAUUCAUUUUACCAGGAAUAUGCCAAGUCUAUGGGAUUUACCACCUCAAUAAAGAACAGUCGACGUUCAAAGAAAUCGAAAGAAUUUAUAGAUGCCAAAUAUGCAUGUUCUAGAUAUGGGACCACACCAGAGUCGGAAAGUGGUAGUAGUCGACGGCCAAGCGUGAAAAAGACUGACUGCAAGGCCAGCAUGCAUGUAAAGAGAAGGGCAGACGGGAAGUGGAUUAUUCAUGAAUUUGUCAAAGAUCAUAACCAUGAGCUUUUACCAGCACUGGCUUAUCAUUUUCGAAUUCAUCGAAACAUAAAAUUGGCUGAGAAAAAUAACAUUGACAUCUUACAUGCUGUUAGUGAACGAACAAGAAAGAUGUAUGUUGAGAUGACUAGGCAGUCUGCUGGGCAUCCGCAUGCUUGUGCUCUUCAUGAUAAUAUUAACCAUCAAUCUGAUAAAGGACGAAGCUUGACAUUAGAUGAAGGGGAUGGUCAAAUCAUGCUUGAGUACUUUAAACACAUUCAGAAAGAGAAUCCAAGCUUUUUCUAUGCAAUUGACUUGAAUGAGGAACAGCGUCUGAGAAACUUGUUCUGGAUUGAUGCCAAAAGCCGGAAUGAUUAUGCCAGCUUUAAUGAUGUUGUAUCUCUUGAUACGUCUUAUGUCAAAAGUAAUGAUAAGUUUCCAUUUGUGCCAUUUGUUGGGGUAAACCAUCAUUCUCAGACUAUGCUGCUUGGGUGUGCAUUGGUUGCAGAUAAAACUAGAUCAACAUUUGUUUGGUUACUGAAGACAUGGCUUCGGGCAAUGGGUGGAAACUCUCCUUUUGCGAUACUCACUCAUCAAGACAAAUGCCUGAGGGAAGCCAUUGAAGAAGUCUUGCCACAAACCCAGCAUUGCUACCUUCUAUGGCAUAUAUUGGAAAAAGUCCAUGAAAAUCUUUCUCAUGUGAUAAGCAGUCAUGAGAAAUUUCUGUCAAAAUUCAACAAAUGCAUCUUUAAAUCGUGGACUGAUGAACAGUUUGAUAUGAGAUGGUGGAAGAUGGUGACAAGAUGUGAACUUCAAGAAGACGGAUGGGUUCAGAUGCUGUACAUGGAACGGAAGAAGUGGGUUCCUACUUUUGUGGGGGAGAGUUUUCUUGCUGGGAUGUCUACAGCUCAGCGUGUGGAUAGCAUGAAUUCCUUCUUUGACAAAUAUAUUCACAAGAAAAUAACUGUUAAGGAGUUCUUGAGACAGUAUGCUAUUAUUCUGCAGAAUAGGUAUGAAGAGGAGGCAAUAGCUGAUUUUGAUACAUGGCACAAGCAACCUGCACUCAAAUCACCUUCGCCAUGGGAAAAGCAACUGUCAACAGUCUACACUCAUGCAAUUUUUAGGAAAUUUCAAAUUGAAGUUUUAGGUGUGGUUGCAUGCCAUCCCAGAAAGGAGAGUGAAGAUGGAGGGACUGUAAAAUACAGGGUUGAGGAUUUUGAGAAAAAAGAGUACUUCAUGGUUACGUGGAAUGAAGUGGAGUCAGAGGUCUCUUGCUUCUGUCAUCUGUUCGAGUAUCACGGAUUUCUUUGUAGGCAUGCAAUGGUUGUUCUUCAGAUCAGUGGUUUUCCAAGCAUCCCAUCUCGAUAUAUCUUGAAGAGGUGGACAAAAGAUGCAAAGAGCAGGCACUCGCCAGUUGAAGGAACCAAAAAGAUGCAGACAAGGGUGCAACGUUAUAAUUACUUGUGUAGGCAAGCUAUUGAAUUGAGUGAAGAGGGAUCAAUAUCUGAAGAGACUUACACCAUUGCUUUUCGUGCACUUGUGGAGGCUCUCAAGAAUUGUGUGGAUGUUAACAAUUCUAAUAACAGCAUGGCAGAAUGCAGCACAAGCAUUUGUGGUCUUCGCGAAAUGGAGUCAGAGAAUCAGGGAGUCACUGCUAAUAAAUCGAUUAAAAAAAGAAACGCAAAUAAGAAGAGAAAGGUGCAAGAAGAGUCGGAUGUUCUACUUGCUGAGGCGCAAGACAGCUUGCAUGAAAUGGAAAACCUAAGCACAGAUGGAAUCACUCUAAAUGGGUAUUACGGCUCCCAACAGAAUGUGCAAGGACUGGUACAAUUAAACUUAAUGGAACCACCACAUGAUGCGUAUUAUGUUAGUCAACCAAGCAUUCAGGGGCUGGGGCAGCUGAGCUCACUGGCACCUAGCCAUGACGGAUUUUUCGGGACUCAACCUGCCAUGCACGUGCUGGGACAAGUUGAUUUCCGAACUCCAUCGACUUUUAAUCGCAGCUCGCCGGAUCAAUCGCACCUGAGACCUACACAUGUGCAUAGCAAUUCUUCAAGGCAUCCUUGAUUCGAAUACUUGUUUCAUAUAUCUGGCACAGUAUUCUCUGUGGAAACUAUGCAAGUGGUCCAGCAAUUUCCAGCAGUGUAUUUCCAAUGGGUUUUAGAUCAAGAAUCAUCAGAGAAAGUAAAUAUAUACAACAUGAAAUAGAAGCAUUAGGAAGAAGCAGAGUGCUGACAAAUCUUUUAGGGCCUUUUCGGAUCAAAUAUCGAACCUGGAACAAGAUAGUAACACCGUCAAGAUCUAAGAGCUGUGUUUGGGAUCCAUGUGGCAGAUUUGUCCUGCAGUAAACUGUUACCACCUUAACUUAGGUUUAGAUAGAUAUUCAUACUUAAAAAACCUGUUCAUGGUGCUGAAGGAAUGACUGUCCUGGAUAAGCGCUCAAGACUGUUUGGGGGAGCUCAUGGUUUAACAGAUUACUUUGUACAGAGUCUUUCAUAACCUAGAGAUUGAUGGACUUUACGAUGCUUAGGUACAAAGUGUGCUCUACACUUUGCCACAUUACUUUUUCUGGGGAGGUGAUGAUGCGGUCGUUGAAAAGUUUUCUUAGAAUCCAACAUCCAGAAAGGUGGAAGCUAUAUUGUAUAUUGCUGGCCGUGGAAACAGUUCGAGAAAAUUUCAUAUCACAUUUGUUGCCCCUCUCAAUUUUUCAGUGUCAUUUUCUAAGUUUUAGGUUUGCUGCAAAAUACUCAUUUCAUAUGCUGGAGAAGAAAAUGCUUGUACUAUCUGUAUAGCUAUUAGCUAAGUGAAAACACCCUCCUCACUUUCAGUGAAUAUCAAUUUCCUUUU